UCUGUAUCUUAUAGUACCGCGUCAGAGUUUGCGUUGCGACUCCACGGACUCCGAUGAAUCUUAGUGGGCCUCUCUUUCUAUUUUAUCCCUCUCAUUCGAUAAUUCCAUCAACCCUCUCAUGUCCACCUUUGCAAUCACUCGAGUUUACACAGAAAGCUUCAAUAGAUCCCCGACUACAACACUCGCUUUUGUUGGAGGAAGUCUCAACGCCUUCGGUGACUCCGUCGCUCAAUUCUACCAGAAAACUUACGGGCGGAAAGAGCAUGAAGUGGAACCACGAUACGAUUUUGCGCGUACUCUGCGUUUCUUCGUCUUCGGGUUUGGCAUGAGCCCACUCAUCGGAAGAUGGAACACCUUUCUGGAACGUCAGUUCCCUCUUCGCACCAGCGGCAAUGUUAGUCUGAAGGCAUUAGUCAAACGAGUUGCAAGUGAUCAGUUACUCAUGGCGCCAGUUGGCAUCACUCUCUUCUUGGGAUCUAUGGGUGUAAUGGAAGGCAGAAAUGUCCCUCAAAUACGACAGAAGUUCUCCGACAUUUUCCCGAUUGCUCUUACUUCUAACUGGCAAGUAUGGCCCAUCGUUCAGCUCAUAAACUUCCGUUUUAUGCCGCUUCCAUACCGUGUUCCGUUCCAAUCCACGUGCGGUGUAUUUUGGACCCUAUAUCUCUCCGUAAUCAACUCAAGGGAGGAUCGGAAACAAGACUAUGAGGCCGGACUCCGCAGGACCAUACAUGCAACUUAACGGCAUAAUUACAGCGCCUUCUCAUCGAAAUCCAAACAUAUUUUCGGGA